AUGGAGGAUCAACUCGUCCAGAUCCUUGCCAACACGCAUUCGGCCGCCGAGGGCCCUCGCAAGCAGGCCGAGUUGGACUUGAAGCAUGCCCGAACGAACCCAGCUUUCCCCAUAUCGCUGGCAAACAUCGGCAGCCAUGCAUCAGUGACGCUCGAGAUCCGUCAAUCCGCCCUUUCGUCCCUGCGCCAGUUCAUUGAGCACAACUGGACGGGAGAGAACGACGAGGGCCCAGUGAUACCGAUUUCCGACCAGGUGAAAGAGCAGGUUCGAGCUGUCGUGUUGGAGAUUGCCCUCAGUUCAGAUGAGGAGCGAAAGAUCAAAACCGCCGCCAGUUUCGCCGUGAGCAAGAUUGCCAAUGCCGACUUCCCCGAACAAUGGCCAAGUCUGCUCCCGACUUUGCUCAACGUCAUUCCGACCGGAACCGAUGGUCAACUCCAUGGCGCCCUCAGGGUUUUGAGUGACCUGGUCGAUGAGAGUUUGAGCGACGAGCAAUUCUUCAGCAUGGCGCAGAGUAUUGUCAAGGUCGUCUAUGAUGUAGCUCUCAACGAGAACCGAAAGCCCAUCUUGAGAGCUCUGGCCAUCUCAGUCUUCAAGGGCUGCUUCGAUCUCAUGGACCAAGUCAAGGACGACCACCCCAAGGAGGUCAAGGGCUUUGCCGAUGAAGCUCUCAAGGGUUGGUUCCCCUUCUUCCACCAAGUCAUGAAAGCGCCUCUCCCAGAAAUCGACAGCCAGGUCACUGGUCAACCCGAGAGUUGGAAUGGCAUCAUUGCCCUCAAACUGCAGGUUGUCAAGUGCUUGAUGAAGGUCAAGGCCGUAUUCCCAGCACUACUGCUGCCAGAGACGCCCGGCUUCUUCGAGUCUGCUUGGCAAGAACUCUCGCUUCUCGAGCCCGCCUACGAACGAAUGUACAUUGAAAAUGAGGCUCAGGGCCGACUCGAGGACUCUGACGGUUUGCCCUACACUUUGGACUUCCUUGUUUUGGAGCAGUUGGACUUCUUGACUGGCUGUCUGAGGGCUGGUCCCGUGCAAAAACAACUACAGGCCCAGAUCGACCAGAGUGGCGCUGUUCAUGAGACGCAAUGGGUUUUGGAUCUCAUGAAGCUGGCUACAUCCUACGCUCAGAUUGCACGCGAGGAGCAAGAGCUCUGGGAGAUCGACGUCGGUCUAUUUCUGGCUGAAGAGACGUCAGUCAGCGCAAACUACACGCCUCGAACUGCUUCCGGCGAUAUCUUGAUCAAGUUGGGCGAGUGGCUGAAGCAAAGAGCACUCGAAGGGCUCUUCGCGCACACUAAGACACUGUUUACAGCCGAGACAUCUUGGAGAAAACAAGAGGCUGCGCUAUACUUGCUUAAUAUGAUGAUGGCAGACUUCUUGGACAUUGAUACUGAAGUCCCCAUGGAGAUCACACAAGCAUAUCUCGAAUGUGUCAACUAUGCCAUCAACAGACCGGACGAGCCACUACUGCGUGCCCGUGGCUAUUUGGUGUCGGGUGUCUUGAUUCAGAGCAAUGCUGCCGUUGCCGGCUUGGCCGAGCAGGUUGUGAAUGCCAUCACUGCUGAUGAGUCCGAGCUUGUCCAAGCAGCCUGCAUCAAGGCCAUCGAAGGAUUUAUCAGGUGCGGCGCCAUCCGGAAGCCAGCCCAGGCCAGCGUCGUGCAUGCUGUCUCGCAGUGGAUCGCCAGCAAAGACAUGACUGAUAUUGAGGAGGCUGAUGAUCUUUUGGUUACACUGGCCGAGACUCUCCGCGCAGCCAUCAACAUUGACCGCCGAAUUGCCGUUUCACCUGAUGUCCCUGCAUUGGACCUUUUGUUCCUCAUUGCAAAGCAUGGCGCUUCGAACUGGCAGGUGACCAUGAUGAUCUGCGAGGCUUUCGAGGACAUUGUCCAGAACAUGGCUGACCCUGCGUCCUACGCUGCCUUGUGCGCCAAAGUACUCCCUUCUCUGACGGGCGCUUUUGAUGUUGCUAACGUCACAUCGGACAACCCGCUAGUUACUUUUGCCGCUGAAUUGAUGGCUGCCCUGACUCAAUAUGGCACGGAGCCUCUUCCUCCCGGGUUUGUAGCAACGACACUGCCCAGACUUAACCGCCUUUUGUCGGAGAGCAACGAGGGAGAGAUCCUUCGACCUGGCGCAGAGUCUGUCAAGUAUCUCUUGGCCCAUGACCACGAACAAAUGUUCAACUACCAGGAUGAAAAUGGACGUUCUGGCUUGGAAGUAUGUUUGCGCAUCAUUGACCGAUUGCUCAGUACCUCUAUUGAAGAUAAUGCCGCAUCCGAGGUCGGUGGUUUGGCCGCUGAGUUGGUCGAGAAGGCGGGUCAUGAGCGUUUGGGCCCAUUCCUACCUCAGUUGUUGCAAGCUGUGGCAAACCGACUGGCAACUGCAGAGGCUGCACCUUUUAUCCAAUCGUUGAUUCUGGUCUUUGCACGACUUUCUCUCGUUGGCGCACAGGAUGUUGUCGAGUUCCUCGGAACCAUUCAGAUUGAAGGCCAAAAUGGACUCCAAGUUGUGUUCAGCAAGUGGCUGGAGAACUCGGUGAACUUUUCUGGCUACGAUGAGAUUCGACAGAAUGUCAUUGCGCUCUCGAAGCUCUAUUCACUUAAUGAUUCGAGACUGGCUCAGACCAUGGUCAAGGGCGACAUGAUUAUGCCUACAAGCGACAGGAUAAUGACUCGCUCGCGGGCAAAGCAGAACCCGGACCAGUUUACCAUCAUCCCUGCUCCCCUCAAGAUCCUCAAGGUGCUGGUGGAUGAGCUUGCAUCUGCCUCGGGUAUGCAGAGCGCCGCAACUGCUGCCGCCGCUGCCGCCGCACAGUUCGUCGAUGAUGACGACGAUGAUGACGGCUGGGAGGACGAGGGCGAUACCGUGGACCUUAGUUUGGGCGCCACGAAAAGCGACCUGAUGGGUUACCUCGAGUCAAACAACAUGCGCAACCGCGACGACGAAACACAACAGUACCUAGCCGAGUUCUUUGUCAAGGCUGCCAACGAAAAUAUUGCCAAUUUCAGCGAAUGGUAUGGUGGAUUCUCAGAUGAUGAAAAGGCCAAGCUGCAAGCCUUGGCUCACGCUCAGGCCCAGUAA